UGCUGCGGUCUGCAGCCGCUAAGGCUCCACCAGGCCGUUGUCGCCGCUGCCGCUGCCGUCGCCGUCGCCGUCGCCGCCGCCAUGGCUCAGUACAAGGGCGCCGCGAGCGAAGCGGGCCGCGCCAUGCACCUGAUGAAGAAGAGGGAGAAGCAGCGCGAGCAGAUGGAGCAGAUGAAGCAGCGGAUCGCGGAGGAGAACAUCAUGAAGUCUAACAUUGACAAGAAGUUCUCGGCACACUAUGACGCCGUGGAGGCAGAGCUCAAGUCCAGCACCGUCGGUCUUGUGACCCUGAAUGAUAUGAAGGCCAAGCAGGAGGCACUGGUGAAGGAGAGGGAGAAGCAGUUGGCCAAGAAAGAGCAGUCGAAGGAGCUGCAGCUGAAGCUGGAGAAGCUACGAGAGAAGGAGCGCAAGAAGGAGGCCAAGCGGAAGAUCUCCAGCCUGUCCUUCACCCUGGAGCGUGAUGAUGUCACCACAAAGAAGAGGAAAUUGGGGAAGAACCCCGAUGUGGACACCAGCUUCCUGCCUGACCGGGACCGUGAGGAAGAGGAGAACCGGCUCCGGGAAGAGCUGCGGCAGGAGUGGGAAGCCAAGCAGGAGAAGAUCAAGAGUGAGGAGAUCGAAAUCACCUUCAGUUACUGGGAUGGCUCUGGGCACCGGCGGACAGUCAAGAUGAAAAAGGGCAACACGAUGCAGCAGUUCCUGCAGAAGGCGCUGGAGAUCCUGCGCAAAGACUUCAGCGAGCUCAGGUCGGCGGGGGUGGAGCAGCUCAUGUACAUCAAGGAGGACUUAAUCAUUCCCCACCACCACAGCUUCUAUGACUUCAUUGUCACCAAGGCACGAGGGAAGAGUGGGCCGCUCUUCAAUUUUGACGUUCACGAUGAUGUGCGGCUGCUCAGUGAUGCCACUGUGGAGAAGGAUGAGUCCCACGCAGGCAAGGUGGUGCUGCGGAGCUGGUACGAGAAGAACAAGCACAUCUUUCCCGCCAGUCGCUGGGAGCCCUACGACCCUGAGAAGAAGUGGGACAAGUACACGAUCCGGUGAACGUGGAGGCUCCUCCGGCUCCCUCUGUCCUCUGCCCCCUCCCGGGGUCUCCAGGACUCCAGGCGCCGCAACCGCCCCCCGCCCUGUCCCCACUUCCCUCAGCUCCGACUUGACAGGGGUGAGGGAGGAGGAGUGACACCACCUACCCCUGGUGGUGUCACUUACCACUGCUUUCUUUUAUGAUAAAUAAAUGCACACAUCAGAGUGGGAGCACCUGCAGUGUGCUUUGUUUUAAACAUUUGUUUAAUUGAGAUAAAAUUCACCAUUUCGAUCAUUUGAAAGUGUACAGUUCAGGGGUAUUUAGUACAUUACAGUGUUGUACAACCAUCAUGUCUGUCUACUUCCAGAACGUUUCUGUUGCCCCACAAGGAGACCCCGUGCCCAUUAGCAGUGUCUCCUCCAGCCCCUGGUACCCCCCCCUACUUUCUGUCUCUAUGGAUUUGCCUGUU